CCUAUUCCCAGAGUUUUACUUCUUGGUUCAGCAGCUUUUACAAAGGCCCAUAUUAUGGUUGUCAGUCAAAUCAACAUUAACCAAUGUUUUUACUUUUUUCUGGUGAUCUCUUCCUGCGAUAUGAUAGGUUCCUUGAUAUAAUGCAAGAGGCUCCUUUAUUUGGUUACCGGAAGCCAACGAGGAUCAUUGGGAGCUUCUUCUACUGUUUUUUAUUGGCUGGUUAUGCGAUUCUAGCUGUAGGAGCUACAUGGAUACUCCAUCCCAUUCAAGGAUUAAUUGCCCUGCUGCUCUGCAGUUGUGAUGUCAUUCUUUUGGUUGUCACAGGCAUAUUUCAGCAAUAUUUGGUUUACCAAGUUCAGAAGAUACGUCUUCAGGUAACUAAUUCCCUUUUGAAUGUGAACUGAACACAACCUCUUUCAUUCAAUAAAGUUCUAACAGACUUUAAUUAUUUUUUCAUUGU